AUGGUGCUUGAAAAUGGUUUACCAAAUGGUGACUUUCAUGACCCCGACGAAGCGCCAAUGAAGUACAUUUUAAUAACAGGUGGAGUAAUCAGUGGAGUUGGAAAGGGCAUCAUAUCGUCAAGUAUUGGUGUGCUCUUGAAGAACAACGGAUACAAGGUAUCAGCCAUCAAAAUCGACCCUUAUUUGAACAUUGACGCCGGCACAUUCUCGCCUUAUGAACAUGGUGAAGUGUACGUGCUUGAUGACGGCGGCGAAGUUGAUCUUGACUUGGGGAAUUAUGAACGCUUUCUGAGCAUUCGAUUAACAAAGGACAAUAACAUUACAACAGGGAAAAUGUUUCAACAUGUA